GAGAGAGAGUGACACAGAGAGAGGGAGAGACAGAGAAAGAGAUGGAGAAGUAGAGAGACAGACAGAGAGGGAGAGACAGUGAGAGAUGGAGAAAUAGAGAGAGAGGGUGGGAGACAGACAGAGAGAGAGAGACAGAUAGAUAGAUAGAGAGAGAGAUGGCGAAGUAGAGAGAGAGGGGGAGCGAGGGAGAGUGACAGAGAGAGAGGGAGGGAGAGAGGUAGAGAGACAGAGAGAGGAGAGACAGAGCGAGCAAGAGAUGGAGCAGUAGAGAGAGGGGGAGAGAGACAGAGAGAGAUGGAGAAGUAGAUAGAGAGGGAGAGAGAGAGAGAGAGUGGAGAGAGUGAGAGAGGGAGGGAGAGAGAGGUAAAGAGAGAGAGAGAGGUAUAGAGAGCGAGGCUGCAGUAGACCAGGUUUAUGACUUCAGUCUGCAGACGUCGUGCGUCGACAUUCAGCACCUUCAAGCUUGCUAGUCGAUGUUCUACUGCCUUAUUGAAAAUAUUUAUUUUGUUGCCACUUGGCUUGAAGUUUCUCUGACAAAGGAGACCGUGGGCGUGAAGAUGUCCCUGAAGGAGGUGAAGCUAUGGAACAUGUCCCUGCAGGAGGUCCAGCCGUGCAACAUCAGCCUGACACUGAGCAGCAAGAAUAUGAGCUGCACAAGCCAAGCAAUAGUUCCUAAAGCCGCCAACAGAGCCAAAGAGAUGGAAUCAGUGCGUAUUCUGCUCUACACGCUCAUCUUCAUCAUCAGCGUAUUUGGAAACCUCCUCAUCAUCACUGUCCUGAUUCUCAACAAGCGUAUGAGAACGGUCACCAACUCUUUCCUGCUCUCGCUUGCCCUGAGUGACCUGAUGAUGGCCAUCUUCUGUAUGCCCUUCACCCUCAUCCCCAAUAUACUGGAGGAUUUCAUCUUUGGUGCCGCCAUGUGCAAGAUAGUCACCUACUUUAUGGGACUCUCCGUCAGCAUCUCUACCUUCAGCCUGGUGGCAAUUGCCAUUGAGCGAUAUAGUGCCAUCUGCAACCCACUGAAGUCCAGAGCAUGGCAAACCAAAUCCCACGCAUACCGUGUUAUUGCGGCUACCUGGGUGCUGUCACUCCUUAUCAUGAUUCCUUAUCCCGUGUUCAGCAUCAUCAAGACUUUCCCCAAGGCCAAUGACACUGUGGGCCGCAUGUGCCGCCUCCACUGGCCCAGUCAACAAGCUGAGCAAACUUGGUAUGUUCUCUUGCUAUUCAUUUUGUUCUUCAUCCCUGGAGUGUUGAUGGCUGUAGCCUAUGGUCUCAUCUCAAGAGUGCUCUACCGAGGCAUGCAGUUUGAGACCAAGCAGAAUAACACAGAGACUUCUGAGUUGAAGAACGGUGCGGUUGCAGAGCAGCCGAAUGAUGGCGAUGACGGUUGUUACAUUCAAGUUUCCAACAAGCCCUCUUCCACCGUGGAGCUGCCCACCCUCUCAUCUGGUGCCGCACAUUCCAAGACUGAGUGUUCUCGCAGGAACACCUCGGAUGCCAAAUUACAGGGAAAGAAACGUGUGAUACGGAUGUUGAUGGUGAUUGUGGCCCUCUUUUUCAUCUGCUGGAUGCCUCUGUACUUUGCUAACACCUGGAAGGCUUUUGAUUUAAGGUCAGCCUCUAGAAGCCUUUCAGGGGCCCCAAUUUCCUUCAUACAUUUGCUGUCUUACACCUCUGCCUGCGUCAAUCCUGUCAUAUACUGCUUCAUGAACACACGAUUCCGCAAGGCCCUCCUGUCCACCUUUGCCUGGUGCUGGCGCUGCCGUUUCUGCCGCAAGUGUUGCUGUUUGAAGAAGCGGGAAACAGGAGGAGAUGAUGGCACUACCAUGGGGGCGACAAUGGCUACCACUGUGUCAAAGUACAGCUACACUACAGUCAGUACCACCGCCUGAUUGACCAACCAUUCUUCAUGAUGUGCAGAGUAAUGCACUAUAGUCCCUGCAUGGUGCCAAAUGUCUAAUUGUUCACUUCCUUCAUUUGCUCAUAUUGACACAAUUAGAUGUUGUCUAUAAAUACAAAGCAAUCAUCAUCCUGGCAACACCAGAAGCAAAGCUCACUGAAGCCUUUUGCUUUUUUAGCCCUAGUAGCGACUGGUGUAUCUCUUUACUGAAAUAUUUCUGUUGUUUUGCACCUUUGCGUUUAGUUAUAUUACAGCCCCGUUAAAAACAUGUUUAAAUGAUGUUUUCCCUUAAAUGCUCGAUUAAAUACCACAUCCAUCCAUCCAUUUUCUCUUGCUUGUCCAUUGUCAAAUUAAAAUAUGCAAAAGCCAAAAGCAGUGAAAUUGUCACCUUGUGUAAAUCCUAAAUAAAAAGAGUAUAC